GAUAACUAGAUCAAACGUAUCCAUGAACUGACACAAACACAAGCUCUAGCUCAGGCUCAAACUCCAUAAACCAAAAAAAGAAGACAAUCUCCAUAUCAAUGUCUUUGUUCCCUCCGCCACUAACUCGCCUUCCACUCUCCUUCUCUUCCAAGCACCAUAUCAUUUUCAAACCCACACUCUCUCUCAGACCCACAAGCCCUCCUUUUCUCCUCUCCACUUCCAAGGCCUCUACAGACGAUGGAGGAGCUGGAGUUUCAGCCUCUUCCGCCACUGUAGAAGAACCAAAAUUGGAGCAGAAGGCACCAGAUUCUUCUGAAUCAGUUCCUGUGGCUGAGAAGAACUCUAAUGGAGCUGUGGCUCCUGGUGGAGGGGUGGAGGUUGAAGUGAGUAAAUUUGAGGACCCCAGGUGGAUUUCAGGGACUUGGGACUUGAAGCAGUUUGAGAAAGAUGGGAAAACUGAUUGGGAUGCUGUUAUUGAUGCUGAGGUUAGGAGGAGAAAAUGGCUCGAGGGUAACCCAGAAUCAUCAAGUAAUGAUGACCCUGUUGUUUUUGACACCUCAAUAAUACCAUGGUGGGCAUGGAUGAAAAGAUUCCAUCUGCCUGAAGCAGAACUUCUCAAUGGCCGUGCUGCAAUGAUUGGGUUCUUCAUGGCUUACCUGGUUGAUAGCUUGACUGGUGUUGGUGUCGUUGAUCAGAUGGGCAACUUCUUCUGCAAAACUCUAUUGUUUGUAGCUGUGGUAGGAGUACUUUUAAUACGAAAGAAUGAGGAUUUAGAAACCAUAAAAACAUUGCUGGAGGAGACAACCUUCUAUGACAGGCAAUGGCAAGCAACCUGGCAGGAUGAGACAUCUUCCAUCCCUAAAAAUGAGUAGCUACAAGGCAAAUUCAACCUUUGCUUGUGUAAUGAUUUCUCGUGUACUGUUGUAAUUUCGCUUGAUAAGAGUGAAAUUUUCGUUGUAAUGCAGGUUUCCUUGUAGUUCAAAUGCACAGAACUAUGCUUUUUUCUUGAAUAUUUGUGCAAUGAUACCUGAAUCUUUUUUAGCCA